GCCGCCUCUCUCCGCCGUCGUCUCCUCACCUCCCCGACGAGCUUUCCCGAGGGACAAGAACGUCUUUUAGUGGCAUUUGGCAGAGGAACAGAGCUCAUUUACAUUUUGACGGUGCUCGAUUGACUAAUAAAGAAGAUCAUGAAACGCAAGCGUGGAAAGAGAACAGGUCACAAGAAAGGGGCUAAAAAACUGGUGGUAAAAGAUCUGACUAAGUCUCCGGUCUCUCUGAACACAGAAGAGAGUAGUCAAUUGGGUCAGAGCGAUCGUGAUCAACAUAAUUCAGAAGCAGUUCCUGAAUCUGCUACUUUAUUAGAGAAGCUCAGCACCGUGUCAACUACUGGUGUCGAUGCAUCAAAUGAUGGAUCAACAGGGAAACCAGGAAAUGGCCGUUUUAAGGUGAAGCUAAAAUCUUCGAGAGUUUUAGAGCCUCACCGAAGUUCUUCAGAUGCACAAACACACAGUGACACCGAUAGAUCUAAUCUGCAAGUUCCAGUUGAGACGAAUGAUGCAGCUGUAGAGAAAGACACUGCAUACUCAGAUGGGCAAACAUCGCUGCCAAGAAAAACGGGAAGUAUUAAGAUCAAGACAUCUAGGGUUUUAGUCUCUUCAACUGAAAAAAAAGCAGAUGUAUCGGUGCCGACGAAUAAACUACAAAGAGAGAAGGAUCCUCGCUAUAAUGAAAAGGAGUUGUCUGAAGCACUAGCGGUGAUUAAGAAAGUUAUGAAGAUGGAUGCAGCUGGGCCCUUCAAUGCUCCCGUUAAUCCUGUUGCUCUAGGAAUCCCUGAUUAUUUUGACAUUAUUGACACUCCUAUGGAUUUUGGAACCAUAUGUAAUGAUUUAGAAAACGGUCGCAAAUAUAUGAACUCAGAAGAUGUUUACAAGGAUGUGCAGUUUAUAUGGGAGAACUGUUACAAGUAUAAUAAUAAAGGUGAUUAUAUUGUGGAUCUCAUGAAACGAGUGAAGAAGAAUUUCAUGAAGUAUUGGUCAGCAGCAGGCUUGUAUUCCGAAGUGCCAGAUAAUAGUGCUGCUGAGAACAGUGAGGUUCAGGAAAUUUCUCGAUCUGGUCAGGAAAAGGUGCAUCAGAAAGGCAAGUCAAAGCGCAAACGUCGACGGUAUGGGAUUGAUCUCCAUAAAGGCGACUGCUUGUGCGCUGUUUGUGUUGUAAGGCGUCGCAGGAAGGAACGUGAAGAGAACUCUGCAGUGGUUGAGAAUGAGAUGGCUAUAACUGUUGGUAAUCUUUCGCAGCAGUUUAAACUAGAGGAAAGCUCUCCCGCCGAUAACCCUGGUAGCGAUGAUGGAACCUCGAGCUCGGACCAUUCACCAGAGCCCAAUGCCAAUGGCGAGACGGAGGAUGCUGAAAAUGAGGAAAAAAUGGAAAAUUUCGAGCAGAUCCAUGUUUCCCGAACAGAUCAGCCCGAGGUCACCGAAAAUCAGAUGGAAGUUGAUCAUCUGGAAAUUUGUGUAAAUAAUCAACCGUCGGAAUUGCCACGCGAUGAGGAUGGAACUGAUGAUUCAAACCAACCUUCCGAUGAUGAAGACGAAUACAAAGAUCAAAAUGAGCUGGAGAAUAUUACAUCCACUCAGCAAAAGGAGGAUUUAGUCUCUGAUCACCCGCACGAGGAAGCUGCUGAAAGGGCUGAGCAGGUGAAAACCGAAGAAAAUAUCGCGCAGCAGGAAAAUCACAUGGUAUUGAAGUUAUGCGCGAGCCUUUUCCCGAGCAACCCUAAUUCCCUGUGGAGAGGACCGCACUCGUUAGCCCGGCGCCCCGUUGCGGUUCGAGAAAGCCCCAUCCAUGCUGCUGUAGCAACACUAAUGAAACAAUAGAGAAUCCUGUAUCAUACAAGUUCUAUUUUGAUUUUUGUUCCUUUUUGGACAUUUUGUAGAUAUUCCUUACCUCAUUGAAUUUGUGUUUUGGGAUUCUUUUGGUGGUGCCAUUGGUUAUCUUGUGUUUUAAAGCUUUGUGAGAUUAUACGAGUCAUGCGAUCAAAUCUGGUUGUGUAAUUAAUAAUUUAAACUAGAGAGAGAGAGAUCGAUCUAAUUUCGGAAAUAAAAGCUCGAAAGUUUGUAAAAGAGCUAAAUAACUUGAAGGGAUUUCUGCACUUUUUCCUUUUAUUA